CGGGUUAGGUGAGCUGAUCCCAGAUCUGUCCAUAAAACACACGUGAAGAGGAAGAGUUCCGCGUGGAUAUCUGACUUAUCCAACGUCUGAUCUCUCCAAUCCUCUCUCUCUCUCUCUCACGCGCACACACUUUACAGUAACUCGGCUCAUUGGUCUCAUCCUCUUCCACCUGUUCUCGCGCUCGCACACUGAUGCGUUCCGUGCUCAGAUACCCAACUUUAUUACUGAUUGAUUAGAAUAUUAUAGAUUAUAAGAGGAAUAAUCAGUGAGAAGGCUUGUGGGAUGCGUGACUGACGGAAGCUGGGCUGGAGGAAAGGCUGCUAAACUUAUUGGACUGUUAAUGGGAUGAAGAGGGUCAUUUGGUGGAAGACACACUCGAGUAAAGAUCUAUUUUAACAGAAAUCGAAGUAAACAUUUUUGUAACAUGCGGGACUUUUUAAAACAAACGGAUCGGACACUGUUUUACGUACGUAGGCGCUCAGGUUUGCGUUCGAAUUAAAGCGUUUAUUUGGAUAUUAUUUAGCUUGUUUAUAUAUUAAUAGGCCUAUAUCACAUUUUUAAAUAUUGAAUUGGUAAAAAAAAUAUAUAUAUUUCGUACCGUUUGGAUGUUACAUUACGUUUAUUCUAAUGACUAAGAAACAACGCCUGCAUACUCAGCAUGCGGAAUAAUGCAUCCUCAGAAACUUUAAUAAAGCUCGUGAUAUAAUAGACCAGCCUGUGUUUAUGCUGUGAUUGAACGCGACUGCAGUUGGAUAUGGCGAACACUCUGGAGAGGGAGAUUCUGGAGCGGGAGCUCCGUCCACGGCUCUGUUAUUUGACUAAAGGAGAUUGCGGCUACGGAUUUCAUCUGCACGGGGAACGCAACCGAGGAGCGCAGUUCAUCCGCAAGAUCGAGCCGGGCUCCCCCGCGGACCUGUCCGGUCUCAGGUCCGGCGACCGGCUGGUGGAGGUGAACGGAGAGAACGUGGAGGGAGAGACGCAUCAGCAGGUCGUGCAGAGGAUCCUGGAGGUGGAGCACCGCACCAGGCUGCUGGUGGUGGACCGGGUCACCGAAGAGUUCCUGAAGUUUCACGCUAUGCCGUGUACGGAGGAUAGGGCGAUUGAGAUGGGCUCUCUGUCCUCUCGCUCCUCAGCGGCGUCCUCUCCCCGCGCCUCCCCGCGAGACUCCGCCACUCCUCCCUACAGCAGACAGAGCUCUGAGGGCAUUUUCAUUAAUAAGAGUCCCAGCAGCGCUGGAGGAGUGAUGAACGGCUCGCCGCUCUACAGAGCUCAUGCCCGUCUGGCGUCACCCGUGUUUCUGCCGCUGCCGUCACCCGGUGAACACAAGACUGAGCCGGAGGCCGAACCCUUCACCAAACUCACUGAGGAGUCCAGCGUCACAGCCGAGCCUGAACCCGUGUGUGAGCUCAGCGGAUCACAGACCAGCACACAGGAGGAGAUGGCGUUGGAGGAGGAUGUGGUAACGAAGGACCUGCGGCCGCGCUUGUGUCACAUCACCAUAGGCGAGGAGGGCUACGGCUUCAACCUGCACUGCAAGAAGUCGCGCGCGGGUCAGUUCAUCCGCUCGGUGGACCCCGACUCUCCGGCGGAGCGCGCCGGCCUGAGGCCCAGAGACCGGCUCAUCGAGGUGAACGACACGAGCAUCGAGGGUCUGCGUCACGCGGAGGUGGUGGCGCUGAUCAAAGCGAGCGGCACAGACACACGUCUGCUGGUGGUGGAUCCCGAGACAGAUGAGCUCUUCAACCGACUGGGCAUCGUGCCCACAUCUAUUCAUCUUAAAGAGGACUGUGUGGACGGGCCAGUCAUAGAGAGUCCUGGAACAACAUAUCCAACCGCAGACAGCCCUGUGUCUUCUUCACCGGUCCCAGACGCCCCCAAGAUCUCUCCACCAAUCAUCAACGUCACACUGACUGACCCACAAAUCUGCAACGGCUCCCCAAGACACGAGAGUCACAGAAGCUCCUCCUCUCGAUCCACUUUAUCAGAGACGAGUGCUGAAAUCAGCAGCUUUGACACCAGCAACAAGCUCACAGAUUCUGACCAUCACUCCAGCGAUGACGCCCCUAAACCAAACCGAGAUGUGCAAUCUGAGGAGCGGCCGCUCGAUCCGUUCUGGGAGAGCGGUCUGCAUCUGAGUCUGACCGCGGCGGAGGCCAAGCAGAAAGCCCGGGCCAAACGGCCCAACAAGAGAGCGCCCCCUAUGGACUGGAGCAAGAAACAGGAAAUCUUCAGCAACUUCUGAGCAGCCUCACAUCGGAAAGCUCACCUCAGUCCUAGAGAGACACCACCAACACACACAGACCAGACCAAAGACAUGCAGCUUAGACCAGAUUAGAUCAACCUCCGGAAACCAGUGAAAGAGUGAGAGAAAAGCUUCGAGUUUGGAUUCAGGCUGAUCUGAAAGUAUGAUUUGGACAGAAAUGCAUGAUGGACAUCAUAUUAUGGGUUCAACUGAGCUUAAUUUGGCAUUUUGUUGCUAGUAAGUGUUUCACUUGUUUUACCCAAUAAUGCACAAGUUCCCUUCUUGAAGCCACUUCACUGCCAUCGCAUUUCUACUCUUUCUCAAACGCAACAGCGGCUUCCACAAACCAGAAAAUAAGGAAAGAGAGUAAAGAGAGCAAGAAGACGUCAUUGCAAGGCAGAAACAGUAAGAAGGAAAGACAUACUGAAGAGAAAGUGUAAUAGUUAAAGUGAAGAAAUGAUGGCAACUGAACAUUGAGCUGAGAAGCCAAAGGUUGCAGGUUCAAACCCCUGAAGAAAGAAAUGCACAGUAAGUUGUGUUGGUUGACAAUGAACGAUCAGAAGAAAAGGAAGAGAAGGUUCAGUCAGAGGUCUUUGCACAGUGAACACCUGUGGCCAGGUGGAGAUCUGAGUAGUGUAGCCUACUCCUAAAUCCUCACAACAUUCACUCUUAGCAGAAAUAGCACUGCACAGAUUUUCGUCCAAUCAAACACUCUCUAGAAUUAGCAUAUCGGCUAAUGGCUGUUUUUUUUUAAAGGGACGAUCUCCUCAAUAUGUCCCAAGCUAAAAGAAUAUUUAUGUAUUUAUUUUCUUGCCGUGUUCCCAUAAAUGCUGGUUUAACAUUUCAAAAUGAUAUUGAAUAUUGAGUAUUUAUAAACAUUAUAGUUCAACAGGCUGUGAUUAUCAUCUUAUUCCUGAUCAAUAUUACCCAGUCUGUUCGAGCAGUGAACCUCAACUGUUUCUGACCUCAGUCUCCGUGUGGAUUUCAAAAAUCAAAAGUCAAACAAUGUCUUUAAAAAUACACUAACACAUGUACAGAAAUCUAGCUAUUAAUAAUUAAUAACAUAAUUGUGUAUUCUGAAAACGUAAAGUAAUGCAACAAUGUAACCGAUUACAGAAAAAGCUGAAAUAUAUUUACAUCUGAGGCAUGUUGUUUUAAGUCAGUUUUGUUUUGUUAAUGUAUACGAGUCAUUCUACAGAAAUGUACACUUUAAAAUGUAUUUCUUUUUCUAACAUUUAAACUUAGAUCAUAUUAUUAGAUUACCUUUUGACUUGAUGAACACACAUAAAUGACAGCUUAAUGAUUUUUCAUUAGGGGGUCAAACUCAAAAAUCUGCUGAAGCUGCUUGCCUUAAAAUUUUAAGUUGGCUCAACUUUUUUUUUUUUUUUUUACAGUGUAAUCAGAGUUACAGAAAAAUAAUGAUAAUGCAACAAAUAAAGAGAUUAUGUUUUAUUUAUUUUAAUCAGGUUUGUUAAAAGUGUGAUUGAAUGAUGUGAGUUCAUGUAUUUGCUAUAACAAUGAAAAUAUUUGUUAUAAACAAGUAAUGAUGCAAUCCUUUAAAUCUUAACUCUUGAGUGUAGCAGAAUUCAAUGGAUGUAAAAUGAUUAUCAUGCCACACGUGACACAUUUUAUGUAAUGAGACAGAAAAACAACACAAUGAAUCACAAGUUACAAGACCAAAGUUCCUUAUUCUUCAACUUUAAUUAAGUAAAUGAGAC